AUACAUAUCUGAGAGUCGGUGUUCGAGUACUGUGCUAUUGCCAACUCUAGCCAACUCAACACGAUGAUGCUGUCACUCCUUACCCCAUGCACUCUUAACUAGUCACGCUGUCUCGAUGCAUGUCAAAGGCGGAACGAUACUUUCUUCCAGCAUUUUCAUGGCGCUUUCAUUUUUGGGUGCCCUUCUUGGGUACUGGGUAAUUCUGAAACAUACAUCUCUUGUCGUAGGGGUAUUCGCAUCUUCCUUCUCAAACGCCCAAGCGCCUUUGGUCAGCACACCUCAUGCGCUUGACCCCAAUCUUACAAACACCAUCGCUUCCGAGUUGAUCACGCUUUUCUAUAACGGCUCAGGAUCAGUACCUGAAUACGAUAGGAAGUCGCCUAUUCCAGAUCCAAUAACUCCGCUUCCGUCAGAAGCGAUCGAGGAUUCACUGUUGUCACAAUUGGUGUCCAUUGCCGAUACUUCUUUUUAUCCGGACAAUUGCACCAAAUGCCUGGCAGCGACCCAGUUGCUCCACGCGACAGCCAUUACCCAGCCAGUGUCGGUGUUUACCAACAUUUUAAUCAAGACAUGUAAUACUUUGCCGUUUGUUAAAGGCAGUAUUCGAGCCAAGUCAUGCGAAGCUGAGUUCGGAGGAGUGGCUUCUUUUGGCCCAUACCUUGCCCAGUUAUUUUCGAAAAUGAGCUUUGCUACAGGAGAUAUGCAUUACCUGUGCUCUAAUCUCCAGCCUCUCUGCGAGCCGUUACCCCCAGUCCUGAUUGAUGAGGACCUUUACUUCGACCCAAAGCCAGAAUCUUCAGAGAUUGCACCAGAACCAUCAGGAAAAACCUUUGACGUUCUUCAUCUCUCGGAUUGGCACCUUGAUCCUCGUUUCGAUAUCGGAUCCGAGGCUAAUUGCACUGGUUACCUUUGCUGUCGCCCUUAUUCAGAGAAUCGUGAUCUUUCAACCACCCGCCGGAACGCGUCUUUACCUGCCUCGAGAUUUGGUUCUUUUUUCUGUGAUUCUCCCGCUGACCUCGCACUUUCGGCUUUUGACGAUAUGGACAAACUGAUCAACAUGGACGAACUUGCCUUUAGUAUUUUUACUGGUGACAUCGUGUCUCACGAUCCGGAAGACACCCUAUCACAGGAUUAUGUUACUUACGAGGAGGAAAUCACCUACUUGGUCUUCAAGAAAAUGUUAGGGAGUACACCAGUGUAUGCAGCGCUGGGAAAUCAUGAUACUCUUCCUGUGAGCUUCAACACACAGCACAACAUGAACUCUGACCCAAAAAAUUCCAGCAGCAACGUAUAUCAGUGGAACUACGAUCUCGUUUCAUCGCUGUGGAUGGAACAUUCCUGGCUUAAUGACUCAGAAGCAUCUUUCGCGAGGACGCACUACGGGGCUUAUGCCACGACUACGGCCCAAGGCUUACGAAUCAUAUCUCUCAAUUCAGAUUUCUGGUACAAGGCAAACAUAUUCAACUAUUGGAAUGUGACGAAUCCCGAUCAAAGUGGUAUUUUGAAGUGGCUCGCUGAUGAGCUAUCGGCAUGCGAGAAGCGCGGACAACGAGCUUGGAUCAUCGCCCAUGUACUGACCGGCUUUGAUGGUACUGCGCCUUUGCCGAAUCCAACUGCACUCUUCUAUUCAAUCGUACGCCGUUUCUCUCCAGCGACGAUCGCCGCCGUCUUUUUUGGGCAUACGCACCAAGAUCAAUUCCAAAUAUUCUACGACUACCUGCCCUCCUCAUUACAGUCAACUGAAGAUGCAAGCAGACCUGCAGCAUUGCGAGAUACUACACAAGUCGACUUUAGUAAGCCUUUGCAGGUUUCAUAUAUUGGCCCCAGCAUUACACCAUUGACCGGGCUGAACGCUGGCUAUCGAGUUUACCAGAUUGACUCAGAGACGUUUUCCGUCAUUAAUUCUCAGACUUUCAUUGCCAACAUGUCAAACAGUCUGUCGUGGAAGAAGCCUAUUUGGGAGUUCGAGUACGAUACACGCCAGGCGUAUUCUGAGGCGGCUGUGGAUGACAGCCAGACGCAGGACCCUGAGAGCCUACAGUGGCCCGCCACGUCACCAUUAAACGCUACAUUUUGGCACCUUGUGACCGAACGUAUGCGGAAGAGUCCGGAAAGUCCUAGUUCCUCUUCUCCCUCAUUACUGGACCUGUACAACAUGUACGAGUCAAAGUCCAGUUCAGCAACGACACGACGUGGGAAUGAUAACACCAGCCCGGAGCAGAAGGUCUGCUUUUUGCGCGCUGGCAGCGGCUGGCUAGGACAUCAGUGUAAGGAGCACUUUGGGACCGAUGCCAGAGGCGAGAGAGAAAAGGCGUUCGGACUGGUGUAGGCCAAGCCAGAAACGCAACUUUAACCACCGUCAAGACGAUGUGACCGUCAUUUUGAAGUUCAUGCAAACACCCUUAACCAUUAGCGCCACUCUGGACGAAGCUGCCUCCUAUAGCCAUGGGGCAUUUCGACUUCAUCUUUUUCCUGACCAAGUGGACCUACAGGAACGGCUGUACAUUGAACAGUCCCUAUACAUUUGCAUCAUACCUUUAUGUCUAUUCACUGUACCUUAAAAUACAGACUUCGACAUCUACAACUUGUGAAAUAACUGAAAAUUGCCCACCGCAACUGUACAAAGCCGAAGUGGAGAGCUUCAUUACAAAAAAACGGACGCAAUUUUGCUACAGCAGUCUAUGCCAAAGUCACACCCUACCUCUGAGUCCUUUUGCAGUUGCAGCCUUACUGGCAAAUGCAAUACAACCACCCACCAGACACAUGGUCCCACUGAAGACUGAUACCUCCCAAUAUCCUCCGUAGUGCUGGACAAGGGCACCAUUGACUGGAGGACCGAUCAAAGAUGCAAGUGAUCCUAUGGCCAGACCCUGACCCAUGAAUGUGCCUGCCUCCUGAGGAUUGGUGGUGCAAAGAGUGAAAGCUGCCGUGGCCCCCGAAAUGAUAGUUCCCGAGGCAAAGCCAAAGAAAAUCGCAUAUACCACCAACCCCGCGGUGCUAUCGGCCUUUGUUAGGCAGAAGAUCAAGAUACCUGUCGAGAGGCCACCUGCUGCAAAUAUGUUCAACCUUCCGAAUUUGUCUGCGAGUAUGCCGGGAACAAUUCGACCAAAUGUUGAAGCUCCAUUAAGGAUUGCGAGGAGAUACGAAGCCAGAGUGGGGUCCAUGCCUCUAGAGACUGCAUAUGAUGGGAGGUAGAAGAGUGGCGUCCACAUCCCGAUGAACAUGAAGAAGAGGGCUCCAAUCAGCAGCACAAAAUUCGCUUGAGUAAAAGCUCUCCAGAUGAAGAAGGUCGUAGCCCGAGGCGGCAGGCGGGGUUUGACAAUUAUGCAAGCAAAUGCCAUCAACGGCAGCAGCACGAAUCCCAUGAUGCGCACCGACCACCCGAAUCCCAGAGAGGAAUCGUUUAGCAUCUUGGACAGGGCGAUCGGAAAGACAAUCCCUCCAAUAGACGACCCUGAUAUUGCCAGGCCGAAUGCAGCGCCUCGCUUUUUGUCGAAGUACUGAGAGAGCGCUCCCAAUGGUGGGAAAGUCAACAGCCCCAAGGCCAGCCCCAGUAGGACGCCUUGAGCCAGCAUGAAUUGCCAGUACUCCUUACAGAUGCUGACCAUCAUCAAGGCAAACACAAACGUCAGUAUGGCUGGGCGGAGGAUCUGCAUGCGCGUUAGCACGCCCAUUUGAUGCCGAAGAAGCAAAACCCGACACGUACCCAGAUGCCGUACCGAUCAAAGAUUGGCCCAGCAACCGCACCCACGGCGAACUGGAGGAAGGCUGCUAUUGAUCCGAUCCAGGCUAUGUCGUCCGGUGACUUGUCUGUCAAUUGAUGUGAUAGAUAAUAUUCUUCGAAAACGCCGAAGGCGUUGACGAAACCUAAGGCCGAGAAUGUAAUGCAAGCUGCGCCGACUGUCACAAGCCAGGCCUGGAGGCCGCCGUCAGGGGGAGGGUCGAAUUCAGGUUUCGUCAGGUCGCCACUUUGGGACUUUUCUUCUUGCCCAAGUUCGGGAUCGUUGGAGGGUGCUUUUCCUUCGACGCUCGGCGGCGUCGGGGUUGUUUCUCGUUGAGACCCCAUGGUAGGAGGUUGAGGUAUAUCGAGCGACGUUUUCUUCGUGGCCUCGGUCUUUUGGGCUUGUACAAUGGUGGUAGGGUCCAGGGUUUUUUUUAGACAAAGGCAAAUCGAUUGUGGUACGGAGCACUAUUGAAGUUUUUUGGGAGACGGGAGAUUUAGUUAUAUACGGUGCUGCUGUCUUGUAACUUCCGGUGCCUUGACUUCGGACUCGGCCUGACUGCUGGAAGUGUACCUAACGGUAUAGGUUAUCUCCGAAGAGACAUAUAGUCGUACCCUCCGCGGUAUGGAAUGAAGCUGAUCAUUGGUGGUAUUGGG